UCUGUCCUAUCCUCUCACCCAGUUGUUACCUAGACGUGGGCGAGCAGGGUAGUGUACACCUAUCGGGACGAGUGUUAUUACAAAGUGAGCAGUUGCGCCUUACCCUGUGAUUAUGAAAGGAAGUGCUUGUGCUAACUAUCUAAUAUGUUGACAGAAGCAGCGUCAGAUCACGGUUGAAGUGGUGCAAGUGGCUUUAUUAGUGAGAAAAUAGAGAAAUUAAUAAUGGCGGACACGGAGAGUGGAGCGGUGACCAUGGAGGAGCAGGAGCAGGGGAUGGAUGACUCCAAGAACCCGUGCCAGCAGGACUCCGCCUACGGUUCCCUGGAGUCCUCCUCGCAGGGCCCCUCGCAGAAAAGCAGUUACAGCGGCAGCAAGAGUCUCAACAGCGGGUCCAGUCACAGCAGCGGGUUUGGGGACAAUGCCGACUUCAGCGAGAACUGCCUUAAGGACACGAAACACAAGGACCACAAAAGAAAGAAGAUCAAAGAGAAGACAGAAAAAAAGGUGGAGAAGGCAGAGAAAAUGACAAAGGAGGAGAAGAAGGAGAAGGAGAAGACCCGCUCUGCCCAGGACCACCAUGACCCCAGGCUGACCAGUGAGACCGCUAGCAGCAUAGCCACCGGCAUGGAGGAAAGCAGCUUAGCAUUCAAUUGUAACAGCAAUGAUGGGGAUGAGAGAACAGAUCAGCCCAACCUUGUGUACACCCAGGCACUCAACUACAUCAGGAAGAUCAAGGAACGGUCUGCUGAGCAAGGAGUGCCCUUUGCAAGCCCUGAGUUGGCCCAGCUGCCAAGGGACACACAUGAUAUUGCAGCCUUCCUUAAGAGCUUCAAGAGUACAAGAGGGUUCACGGUGGCGAUCAGUGUGCAGGAUGGGCUGGUGCUGCAGGUGUCGCCAGCACUCACCGAUGUGCUGGGGUUCCCUAAGGACAUGCUGAUUGGCCAGUCCUUCAUUGAUUUUGUCUACCCCAAAGACUCCAUCAACCUGUCCGCAAAGAUCAUACAUGGACUUAAUCUGCCCUUCAGGAAUGAGAGUAUUAAAGACAACUACGGCACCUCAUUCUUUUGCCGUAUGCGCAUGUACCACAGCCUUAGGAGCUCAGGGUUUGGCGUGAGGAACAAACGCACCAUAUACAAGCCGUGCAAGAUGAUACUUAAGUUCCACGACCCAACCUGCCUUGAUGAGACGGCCUCCACCUGCGGAUCCAACUCCUCCCUUCUGCUGGCGGAGGUCAUCCCCAUCCAAAGCAUCUACCAGGUUCCUGAGGAGACACCGGCCAUGGGGAGCUUCAGCAUCAGACACACUGCCUCCUGCAACUUCUCGGAAUAUGACCCAGAGGCCAUCCCCUACCUGGGCCACCUCCCGCAGGAUCUCACCGGCAACUCUGUGUUCGACUGCUACCACCCUGAGGACCUGCCGCUGCUGAAGGAGGCAUAUGAGGAGAUGGUGAGGGAGCAAGGCAACCCCCACAGGAGCAAGCCUUAUCGUUUCCGUACGUUCAACGGAAGCUAUGUCACGCUGGAGACGGAGUGGCUGUGCUUCGUCAACCCCUGGACCAAGAGGAUAGACUCCAUCAUCGGCCAGCACCGCGUCCUCAAGGGUCCAAGUGACAUAGCCAUUUUCCUUGACCCUGGAGACAAGGCGCCAACACCCCUGCCAGAGGAGGUGAUGAAGGAGGCACAGAAGGCACAAAAGGAGAUCAUGGAACUGCUGGCCAAGCCUGUGGUGGCAUACAAGGACCCCAGCAAAGGAUCACAAGAGAUGAGGCGCAGGACUUUAGCCAACAUGAUGAGCUCCAUAGUGGACGAGCUGGACAACCUGGAGAAAAAUGAGACCCAAGUGGCUAACCAGUACUCCCUGCCAGCCCUGCGUCAGUGCACCAAGGCCGGCAAGCCCCACCACCACCCGCCUGACAGACCAGACCACAGCAGCCCAUUUCCCACCACCCAGGACCAGGCCUCAGUGGUUAUGGGUGAGAUCUCCCCUCACCAAGAUGAUCGUUGCUAUGAGUCGUAUCCUUCCACCUCCACUCCGUCCAGCUACAGCAAGCUCAACUACAAUGAGACCAUGCAGAGGUUCUUUCGGAGUCAGCCCAAGACCGUGUCAUCUGACGAGAGCGGCGACAGCAAGAUGGAAGUGUCCCACCUUGGCAGUGUUGGCUCCAACACCAACAAGCAGUCGCAGGAUAACUCCCAGUCCCAGUCAGGAUCAGGUUCAGGGGACAACUGUGACCACACCAGGAAGUCCGAGAGCACCGCCAAUGGGAGUGGCAGCGGCAGCGGGGCCACAGGACGCACCUCCAGCCAGGGGGGAUCAUACAAACACGUGCAGCUGACGGAGGAGGUCCUGUCAAGGCACAACGCAGACAUGCAGAAGAUGUUUAUGCAGCGGCAGAGGACAGGACCCAAGCCUCAUAAGGACAAGGGCAAGCUGAAAACCAUGAAGAAGCUCAUUAAGAGGCCUGGAGAGAGAACGUGUGGUGUGAAGCGGGGCGGUGGAGCUAUGGAGCACGAGGCCACCGCCAGCAAGCAGCCCUUCCUGGCACCCUCAGCGGCAGGCUCCAGCUCCUCCCUCAAGCCUUCCUCUGUGGAUGUGUGGGGGCAGGGAGAGAGCCAGACACACAUACAGUCCUCUGGGUCUGCAGGGGCAACGGUGGGCCCCGGCACCACCCACGUGGCAGCAUCCCAGUACCCAAGCAUUGUGCCAGGCUUCUACUUCCCCACCAGCACCUCCAGCAUCUCCCAGGUGCCUCCCGUGUCCCGUGCCCCUGCCCCAGUGCCCCUGGUGCUCCCCUCACAGCAGCCCACCUUCCUCCACCCUCAAGGGGUGGCAGCAGUUCCUGUCCAGUACAUCCCGGGGGUCAUGUACCAGCCAGUGGGGCCACCUCUGUUCAACGCGCCACCACUCAUGCUGCCCAACGUGGUGUACCAGCACACAGCGGUGCACACACCCCUCAACCAGGUGCCUGUACCCAUGUCUGAUGGAGAGAAGCCCUCCGGGGCUGAGAGUGACCACGACCUAUUUGAGCCCAUCCCUCAGUCAGCCAAGAGCUUCAUCGCCAAGCACUCCACCUCACACCUGCGCCGGCCAGACUCUCAGGCCACGUCUGUGAAGGCCGAGCCCGGGUCUGCCCGGGGUAGCACAGCUUCUGCCUCAGGGAAGGUGAUCAGCUCCCACUCCCAUGUGGCAGAGAGCAUCAGAUCCUAUGUGGAGGACACCACUACUGUGUCCCCAGGGUGUGCCCCCAAGGAUACUGAGAAGAAACGUGCCUCAUCACAGGUCUCACAGUAUUCACAGUCCACCAGCGUGCGGGCCGAGGCCGAGAGUAUCGGCUCCCCGGAGAAACAGGACAAGAUGACCAUGGAGCCGCGCCAUGAGAACUCCAGUGACAUGGUACUGUCAGUGACCAGCUCCACCGGCUCUCCUGGCGAGUACAAGUCUAGCGAUGACAGCAUGCAAAACGUGUCAGACUCCAGCGAGGUAUCAGGCAUGGGCAUGAAAUGGAACAUUCCCCGUGCCAAGUGCCAGCGGCCAGUGCUGAGCGACCCACCGUGGCUGGAAGAUGUGAAGCUGACCCCAGAGCUGCUCUACAAGUACCAGCUGGAAACCAAGGAACUCGUGGAUGUCCUGCGGCAUGACAUGGACAAACUGAAGAGUGUGCGGCAGCCCACAAUGGUGGAUGACCAGCUGUCGUCACUGUACAAUGAGCUGGAGCUUGAUGGGUCCAGCCCUGACCUGCACCUGGAGGAUGGGGUCACCUCCUCCUCAGGUGAUGACCAGGCUGGCACGUCAUCACAGCAGCAGCCAGCACCAAGGAAGAAGAGAUCCUCCUCCUACUUCAGCAAGAUGGCAAUGCUGCAUGAGGAGGAUGCCCCCAUGCCACCCUCAGAGGUCUGGUGUUGCCAUCGCCAGCACGCCCCAGAAACCUCCAGCUCCUCCUCAUAAAACCCUGGGGCAGGCCGUGUGGAUGGCAUGGCCUAGAAGAGGAAGUGGCACAGAGCUCGGCACUUCCCAACCCUUGACAAACUAGUAACGCCAGUGCCUGGCACCCUGGAGGUGGUGGGGCGGCGAGUAGUGCAAACCUGGUACCUGUAGUGAAGUGAGCCUCAAUGCUGAACACUGUGGGAGGACUGGAGAUGCUGUAGUGCUGCUGUGAGGCUGGUGUUGUGAAGCAGGGUGGUACUGCUAGCUGCCUGCUUAGUGACCCUUUGCCUGGUAGAAGGAGGUUGUGAGGUCAGGGGCAGUGGAUGGUGGCAUGUUGACCUGCCCUUGGGAAACUACACAGGUCAUGUUGCCACCCCGACAAGUCACUCAGGGCAGCACGUAACUGGCAGCAUAUUUAUGUCUAUUUGAUCAAGAUGACUUGUAUAUUUCUUUUCCACACAAUCUAUUUUUACUACUGCUUUCUUAGUUCUUCUUGAAGCUGGAGUCUUCAGAGCUUUUAUUCAAGUGGCUCAUGUGUCACUUGGUCCUUACACUCACUGGUUCCUUCCCUCUCUGCCUGCCACGCCUUCUUGAUUGUGCUGGCAAGUCAAGAAAGUGCCAUUUGAUCCUGUAGCGACAUGUCCAGACUCACUUCAAAGAUUCCUGUCUUGGUAACUUUUUAUUUCACUAAGGAAUCCUUCAUCUGUCAUAGAGAAGCUAGGCACUCAUCCUUUCAUCUGGGUAUUGUUUCAGUAAGUCACAUUCAGCAGAUAAUUCAUCCUUAACAGUUUAAUGGGGUACAUCUCGUCAUUCUGAGCAUUGUGAAUGUUGAACUGGAUUGGCAUAUUAAGAAUGAAGUGUAAUGUUUGAGUCUGAGUAUUUGAAGCAUGUUAUUCAACAUGACCCCAAGCAGCCUCUUGCCUCAGUGACCACCUCACCUGAUCCUUGGUGGUUUACAAGAGCUGCUCACCUCUCAGUGACCAGCAGCUGUCUUUAGCUUAAGUGAGUGAUUCUUGGUGCUUUUGUUUUGAAAGAGAGAGUGGACCAGUGGAGAGCAGCAACUCCAGGUGGGACAAUGAGAGAUGUGCAGUUGUCGUGUGUGUGUGUGUGUGUGUGUGACAUCCCAUGUGACCUGUGGGAAAUUUCAUGGAGAAAUACAGAGCAGUAGUGACAGCCUUAUUUUACUUCUGCAGGAAGACAGUGUACUUCUUAAAGAAGUGAUGUGUUGACAUUGCAACACUCCCUGCCAUUUCAGGGAGGAUGUUCCAAGGUGGUACUAUGUCCAUAGAUGCUAUAGGAGAUUGUAAGUGGCAGCUAAGAUGUUACCAAUUUCAGUUAGAAGAGUGUAUCUAUGCAUGUGUGUGUGUGUGUGUGUGUGUGUGUGUGUGGUGAGUGGAUAUGUGUAUGCUGUGUUCAGGAGUGCAGUGGCAGCAGCAUGGUGUGGCAACAUGCCCUGGCAGGCAUCCAGGUGAGGUGAGGUGAGGCGAGGCAAGGCAUGGAAGUCAGUGUGCUAUGUGGCUGUUGUGGGCUGACGUGUCUGGUGUUUUCCAGCCACUGAGGUCCAGCACAGCACUUCAAACAGGAAGCAGUCUUUUCUAAACCUUCAGUGUGCAUUGAAUUAAUCUUUUUUUUUUUUUUUUUUUGUGGGAAUUCCCUUGUUACAGAAUGAAAUAUUAUUUAUUUAUGAGAGAAAUUACAAAGAAUGAUAUAAAUUAGAAACAAACAUUUUAUUAAAAAAAUAAUCAUGAUGUGGCUUGCUGAAGCUGUACCCGAGUCUCAUCAUCAUUGUUGUGCGUACUGUUCACAAUGCCU